GCGGUUUUUUCCGGUGGGCUCGGGACCAUAGAGGGCCACUCCGCCAAGCUCCUAGAGCGACCGCGUGGCGCCGAGUAACCGCGCGGCCUGCACUUCCGGCAGCGCGAAGGGCUCGGGGCAAGCGAGCGAGGGCGGCGGCGAAAAUUCUGAGCUGUAUAGCUCUAGGAAGUGGAACACUCGUUCAGAAGAACAUAGACUGUCUUAAGAAUACAUUUGGCUCUUCACCAUGAGGUUAGGAAAACCUAAAGGAGGUAUAUCUCGGAGCUCAAGCCAAGGAAAAGUCUAUGAGAACCAGCGCAAAACCGGCCGGCAGCGGCAGAGAUGGGGGAUGACUGUCCGAUUUGACUCAAGCUUGAGGAGACUGAGAAGAGGCUUGGAUGAAAAGCCUUAUAAAUGCGUUGAAUGUGAAAAGAGCUUCAGUCAGAGCUCGACUCUUUUCCAACACCAGAAGAUCCAUACUGGAAAGAAGUCCCACAAAUGUGCGGAUUGUGGGAAAAGCUUCUUUCAGAGUUCUAACCUCAUUCAGCAUCGCCGCGUCCACACUGGGGAGAAGCCCUAUAGUUGUGAUGAGUGUGGAGAGAGGUUUAAACAGAGCUCAAACCUCAUUCAGCACCAGAGAAUUCACACUGGAGAAAAACCCUAUCAGUGUGAUGAAUGUGGCCGGUGCUUCAGCCAGAGUUCCCACCUCAUUCAGCAUCAGAGAACCCACACUGGGGAGAAGCCGUACCAGUGCAGUGAAUGCGGCAAAUGCUUCAGCCAGAGCUCACACCUCAGGCAGCACACCAAGGUACACAAAGAGGAGAAGCCCCGGAAAACCCGAGGCAAAAGCCUUAGGGCAAAACCUCACUUGGUGUCGUCUUGGAAAGCUGGUAAAGGGAGGAAGUCAGUGGCUGGGCUCCGCUGAGUAAAGGGCACUGCGUCCGCCGUUUUUUAAAAAAUAAAAAGUGUUUCUUUUAGAACUGGAGAUAUUUUUUAAAUUUAAUAGUGUACUUAAAUUCUGUAUCCUUUCCCAGCAUGAGGACAUUGGGAGUUUAAUGACAUUGGGAUCAGAGAAAUUAUGAGUCCAGCCUUCCUUAUUUUUUAUGUAACCUGCAGUACAAAAACCAGAAAAUGUGUUUCUAGAGAACAUAAGCUCCUUGAUCUCAUUCAAAAUUGCUUCCUGCAUCAUUUUGACAAAAAAAAAAAAAAAAAUCAUGUUUUGAUGAUGUGUAAAAGUGUAGAAAUUCCAGUGACUGCUCAGUGUCAGGACUUUCCUUGGAAAGAAUAAUUAAAAGGGAGAAAUUAAUUCCAUCAGUUUUAGAGUUCUGUUGUAGAUGAGAUUUUAUGUUUUUAAAGUUUUGUAGUAUAUUAACCAUUGGUCUGUAAGUAUGUCUCAAGAUUCAGCAUACUAAAAUGAAUUCACGUUCACAGUUUUUUUAGUCAGUUAAGUACAUCACUUUGUGUUAGCUUUUUUUGUUCGUUUCUCCUGCUUAUAGAUAGUAAUUAAAGGAGAAUUUCCCUAUUUUUCAUCAAAUUCUUAGUAAGUGAUACUCUGGAAGCCAAAGAGAGCAGUGAGUUGGUCACAGGCCUCCUGUUCUGCGAAUGCGUCCUCUGUGAUGGUGUGACACUGUGUUACCUGUUUCUAGAGGUGGGAGCGGCUUUAUGUUCGUCCAUACCCAUGUCUUUGACUUCUUCCAGCUCUCUCUUGUGCUCUGACAAGCUGAGCCAGCCUUUUAGAGCUAAAUGAAUAAAUAAACCAAAAUUAUUUCUUCAAAAUAAUCUCAACUUGCAAAUUAAAAAUCUACAAUUUAUAUGCUUCCCUGCCUCCCCCUCAAGAGCUUCAUAUAACCCUGGUUAUCCUAAAUGUUUGUCAGUAGCGUAGUGAAGUUUUUAAAAAGCCAAGUGUUCCUGCAUUGUAGCUUUUUUGAAAUCUAAGUUUAACUUUUUCUGAGUUACCUGUCUUAUUUAUAAGACCAAACAAGUUUCUUAUCUUUCAUGAGAACAGUGCCAAGUAUCAAACAUUUUGAUCAGCCUUCAGCUCAGGUUUUAAUUUCUAUUAAAUGCUUACAUUCUUCUGAUUUUUUUUUUGUAUCUUUCAUAAUCAUAUCUGAUCCUGCUGUAUUAAUGACAGUUAUCCAUAAAAAUGUUUUAGAGAGUAUUUUGCGUAUCACUGCCUUCUGUUUAUUUUCCCCUGGGAUGUUGCUUGGAUGAUGAGGUAGCAUCUAAGAUCACGGCCCGGGAAGAAUCGCUUGUUUUGCCUGUCUUUGAUUGCCUCAGACUUGAACUUUGCCUCCCUCACGGCCUUGUAUUUGAGCGCCAAGUCGUGGAAGAUGGCCUUGUCAACAGCAGUUUGAUCCGAUAGGACAUUCACAGUGUUGUGGGUGCAGGCAUGCCUUAGAGCACCACAGUAAAGCAAAUACCGCAAUAAAGUGAGCCACAUGAAAUCUUCUGGUUUCCCAGUGUGUGGUGAAGUUGUGUUUACACUCUAUUGUAGUCUAUUAACUGCAACAGCAUUAUGUCUAAAAAACAAUGGAAUACUGUAAUUACAAAUACUUUAUUGCUGAAAAUGCUAACCAUCAUCUGAGCUUUUGGUGAAUCAUAGCAGUAACAUGAAACAUCACCUGUCAUGUAACAAAUAUAAUGGAAAAGUUUGAAAUGUUGCGAGGAUUGCCGAACUAUGACCCAGAAACACUGAACGCGUGCUGUUGGGAAACGGCACUGACAAGCACUCAGUGCAGGGCUGCCGCAAUCCUUCUUUUUUUUUUUUAAAGCAAUAAAGCAUAAUAAAGUAUGCCUUACAAAGUGA